CGGGCGCAUUGCGGUGAGAUGCACUGCCCGCGCAACCCCGCCACCUGGCCAAAUAAACCGGAUCUUCAACAGUUGCUUUAGUUCCGUGUGAAUUUGAGUGUAAGAUGUUCAGGUGCUGACCAUACAGUUCCGCAAUGACGCCAUGGAUUUCAGCUCCCAAGUUUUCUAUAAGAAAGGCCUUUGUUACUAUCAAUUCACCCUAUAAUUAUUCAACAAUUCAUCGGUCCAUCAAACAUCACUUAAAACGUUGCUCCCAACGACAUUAAAGAGAACAGAUUCUGCGAUAUCGAUGGCGUCAGAAACUCCCGUUACCGAUUACCCAGCCCAGGGAAACACAUCAUCUGAAAGUUCUUCUAGUCCAGCAGCCGAGCGCAAGAAGCCGAAGAAGCUUGGCCAGAACCAGCUCCAAAAAGCACCCCCACCACAAUUUAACGAUUACGAUGACGAUGACGAUGAACAGGCAUUCGGAGCCAUCCCGCCCGAACCUGUUGUCAUGCCAAGGAGGAGCGGAGGUCGUAGGAUGGUGCCGGUCCACCAGUCUCGCAUUGCAGAUCGACCAGCGAAAGUGGGGGAGAAGGACAGUAGUUUGAAGAUCAAGAUCGAGUUGGAUCUGGAAGUCGAGGUAGAGAUAUACGCUCGGGUGAAGGGUGAUGUGACGAUAGGGCUGAUGUAGUGUGUUGUUUAUAGGUCGAAAUUUACGCCCGAGUCAAGGGAGAUGUCACGAUUGGUUUAUUGUAAGAUUACAACAUGAACAUGGCUUUUGAGACAUGACCCACGCUUUCUUCACCGCCCUGGCCGCCCUCGCCUUCCUACUCACCCUGGGUUACUUUUGGAGCGUUUACAGUUGUUUUGGUAGUUAAUGGGGACCCCGGGAAUCUCGCAAAGUAUUUGUCGCAUGCGAGAUCUACAGAGAAACCUCUGUCCUCACAGAAAACUAAUACUCGGACAAGUAAAUAGCAAUAUUACCUACAUCAGGAUUUUC